AUGGAACUUGAAGGAGGUAUGUGGCUAUACACAGAUAGGACAGGGCUGGGUAAAAAUGGCUACCCAGUACACUCAAGUAUUUACAAGAACCUUAUCACCAACCUACCUACGCAGGCAAUGGAGUUUCCUAAUUUUCCCUUCCCUUCUGAUCUAAGAGGAAAAUUUAUUCCCUGGCAAAAGGUGCAAGACUACCUCUUUGCCUAUGCUGACCACUUCAACCUUCGCAAACACGUCCACCUGAACACAGAUGUGGCGUCUGUAAAACGCAUCACCACAAAGCCUGUCUCAUCAGGAGAUGCCCACCAAUCUCCCAACAGACCACAGUGGUUGGUGCGCACGACUGCCCUUCAGGGAGGAGGCAGCAAGGAGAAGGUGUUUGAUGCUGUGCUAGUCUGCUCUGGACACCAUAGUGUCCCUCACUAUCCAGACAUUCCUGGUCAGGAGAGCUUCAGCGGGAUACAGCUGCACAGCCAUGAUUACCGCCAUCCAGAACCUUAUACAGAUAAGCGAGUGCUCGUAAUUGGAGCCUAUGCCUCUGCAUUUGACAUCAUGAAAGAUGUCUACUCCCACGCAUCCGAGGUGAUCAUCACGCUGACCGAACUAGACGUUCUAGGCCUGGGUGAACAGUACAAGAAAGGGCUGCUACCACACAACGUGAGAACAACGCCAUUCCCGCAGGCGAUCAACGGUAGCGUGGUGACGUUCACCGACGGUGACACGCUCGAACCAGACGUGAUUAUUUUCUGCACCGGCUACGAGUAUUCGUUCCCAUUCCUCGACGCCUCGUGCGAUGUCACCGUUAGCGAGGGUAAACGCAUACAACCGUUAUUCAAGCACAUGAUCCACAGCAGGUACCACACGCUCAUGUUUAUCGACAUGGUUUAUACACCCAUCGAGUUUUCGAUCGCAUACCUCCAGGUUCCGUUUGCGUUCAAAAUCCUCGAUGGCUCACUGGCGCUCCCUAGCGAGGAAGAGAUGAACCAGGAGACGGAAGCAGACUACCGCGAUCGCAUGGCCAGUG